CGCGCGCGGCCCCGCCGCCUCGCGCGCGCGCCUCCCUCGCUCCCGGGAGCUCCCGCUCGCGCGCACCGUGCUGCCAGCCCGCGAGUCCGCCGCCGUGCCAGCGCCUCGGAAACGCGGUGCACCAUGUCUUCACCUCCCGAGGGGAAGCUGGAGACCAAAGCCGGACACCCGCCCGCCGUGAAAGCCGGUGGAAUGCGAAUUGUGCAGAAGCACCCACAUUCUGGAGACACCAAAGAAGAGAAAGACAAGGAUGACCAAGAAUGGGAAAGCCCCAGUCCGCCCAAACCGACCGUGUUCAUCUCUGGUGUUAUCGCCCGGGGCGACAAAGACUUCCCCCCGGCGGCCGCCCAGGUGGCUCACCAGAAGCCCCACGCCUCCAUGGACAAGCACACUUCGCCAAGAACCCAGCACAUCCAGCAGCCUCGCAAGUGACCGGCGAGGACAGCACCCUCACCAGCCGCGCCUCGGUGCCCCGACCUUUGGUGUUUCCCCGGCAAGAGAACUGGCAUUGUCUUCAAAAUCCUGCUCCACUGGGAAAUCUAAGACAAAGCAAAGCGCCCCUUCCUUUGCCUUAAAUUUCCAUAUCUAAAACUAGAAACAGAUCAGACCCCAAACUUUGUUUUGUGGGAGUCCUGGCUGGUGCCUUAUGAGGAUCAUUGUGUCCCAAAAGUGUCAUUAGCAGAACAGGCCACACCCUGAGUAAAAUGAACUUGUCCAGAAUUUAGCUUUAGUUCCAUUUCAGCCAUGGCCUAAGUCUCUCCCUGUGGCCUUAAAAGCCAGAGGGCACAAACGUGGGAGGAUAAGAGGAAGGUCAGAAAGGCGCCAUGGAUUCAUGCUUUUUAGUAACAGGACAACAAAGUCUUAGCACCUAGGGGAGGGUAAGAAGGGCAGGUGCACAUUACAGGGGCAGGUUUCAGAGGCGGAGCGGGGGAGACUCGAAACAAACAGCUACGCUGAGCCUGCCUCCGUCCCUCUGGGAUGAGGGCCCACUGCCCAGGGCGACCCCAGCGCUCCCAGGAAAGCCAAGGAAAAGCGCGCAUCUUUGAAAUGGCCCUUUUGUUCCAGGAGUCGUUGUGCUGAAAAAUUAGAAUGUAGGUAGUUUGCCCAAAGUGGGUACUUCUGGAAUGGGUCCCACGUCCCACCCUGCCUCACCAUCCACGCAGGCUCCGCUUGGAAAACCGAGGCCAUCCUACAUUUUUUCAGUAGUCGCCUCUAGAGCUGCCUUUGAGUUCUGGAAGUGAUCACUGACCAGGCAGAGGAAUAGACGUAUAGCCAAUUCUGGAACAGCAGAGUGAAAGCAUUGAAUCCCGGAUAGACCAGAUGAAAACCUGCCCUUUAUCUCCCUAGGGAACAGUAGAAACACCACAUUCCAUUUGAGCUAGAAAAGCCUGUUUGUCAAUCAGUCAGACUGUCCAGAUUCCUCUGCCCGAGAGCCAUUUGCCUGGGCCCGUGUCCUCUCAGGCACGUCAUGUCAUUCUCCCCUUUCUGCACGCACUUCCGGCCCAGAGCCUCCCUGGGCUGCUUGCUGGCUCCCAGCUCUGUAGUGCCUGCUUUCCUGAAGAGCCGGAGGGCUCGUGGACUCAGAUGCUAACUUCUUCCGGAGCAGAUGCUUUUGGAAAAGAUGGGCCCCGGCUGUCUGCUUACCAGCAGCGGCCUUUGCUGCCGGUCAGCAGUGGUGCCAGGAGCAGCCUGCCCCCCACCAGCCUUUUGAUGCCGUUAUCAAAUCCACGUCUGCCCAAUGGUAAGAGUGGUACAGACCUAGUCAGACCCACCUCUGGCUCUUCCCUAAGGGAGAAGCGCACACUGCUUCAAGUUCUAGGGCAACGUUUGGUUUCCCAUCUCACCGACUCGCGGAAGCCAGGUCUAACGCUCAAGGUGCCGUGUUGUCACAUCUGGUAUUUCUUAAUUGCUGAGAUGGUGGUGUAAACUGAGGCUGCUUUUAGCAAUGCAGACUGGGUGGGCCGCGCUGCCGUGGGCCCACCGAGCAAGCAGACUCCUCCUGGAGCCGGCCCCUGAGGAGGGACGUGCAGAGCAGGCAGCGCUAGGGCUGACCUGUGCAGACGGUUGUGCCCUUCACUGCAGAAAUUCAGACGCAUCCUUGAUACUUCCCAGCUCUGGGCCAGGAGCAUCAUGCUGUUCCCCAGGGUCACUGUUCAUGUGCUGUGAGCUACGUCUGGCGUGUGUCUGUGGGCUCGAGAUCGUUGGAAGCAAAAUGUUUUCCUGAAUGAGUUUAUCGAUUGUCAACUUCAAGAGUAAUAACGAUUAUAAUAAAGCUCCUGCCUUUCUUCUCA